AUGAACGUUGCUCGAGGUUUUGGAAGUUUGACGCGAAGAGUAUUACUAGGUAGCUUUAAAAACUACAACACCACCAAAAACAACGCUAGCUACCUUACGAAGUCGAGUACUCCUAUAUUAUUUAACAAGCACCAUCGUCGUAAUUAUGCCUCGCCUGCUUCUACUAAUGUUGGAAGCAUUCAAGCUGUGAUUGGAGCUGUAGUGGAUGUUCAAUUUGAAGAUCAGCUGCCUCAAAUUUUGAAUUCAUUAGAAGUUGAAAAAGAAGGUUCUAGGCUUGUUUUAGAGGUGGCACAACAUUUGGGUCAAAAUGUCGUUAGAACCAUAGCAAUGGAUGGUACGGAAGGACUUAUCCGAGGACAAAAAGUAAUUGACACUGGCAGUCCGAUUCAAAUCCCGGUAGGCUCCGAAUGUCUAGGUCGUAUUCUUAAUGUAAUUGGCGAACCGAUCGAUGAUCGAGGACCAAUCAAUACAAAAAAGAAAGCACCAAUUCAUGCCGAAGCACCGCUAUACGUCGACCAAUCGACAACACCCGAAGUUCUCGAGACCGGUAUAAAAGUUGUCGAUUUAUUGGCUCCGUACGCUCGUGGCGGGAAAAUCGGGCUUUUUGGCGGGGCGGGAGUAGGAAAAACCGUAUUAAUUCAGGAACUUAUUAACAAUAUUGCUAAAGCCCAUGGUGGAUAUUCGGUUUUUACGGGUGUGGGUGAAAGAACUCGUGAAGGAAAUGAUCUAUAUCAUGAAAUGAUACAAACCGGUGUUAUAAAACUUGACGGGGAAUCGAAAGCCGCACUUGUGUUUGGACAAAUGAAUGAACCGCCAGGAGCUCGUGCACGUGUUGCUUUGACUGGUUUGACUAUUGCGGAAUAUUUCCGUGACGAUGAAGGUCAGGAUGUGUUAUUGUUUAUUGAUAAUAUCUUCCGUUUCACACAAGCCGGUUCCGAAGUGUCUGCGUUAUUGGGUCGUAUUCCAUCAGCUGUGGGUUAUCAACCAACUUUGGCCACUGAUAUGGGUUCUAUGCAAGAACGUAUUACCACUACAAAAAAAGGUUCCAUCACAUCUGUUCAGGCCGUAUAUGUACCAGCUGAUGAUUUGACUGAUCCAGCUCCGAGUACUACUUUCGCACAUUUGGAUGCAACGACUGUGCUUUCUCGACCAAUCGCUGAAUUAGGUAUUUACCCUGCCGUAGAUCCCCUCGAUUCCAAAUCGCGUCUACUGGAUCCUCGUAUAGUCGGCGAAGAACAUUAUGCAGUCGCCACCAGCGUACAAAAAAUCCUUCAAGAUUACAAAUCGCUCCAAGACAUCAUCGCCAUUCUGGGUAUGGACGAAUUGUCGGAACAGGAUAAACAGACCGUGGAACGAGCACGAAAAAUUCAAAGAUUCUUGAGUCAGCCGUUUGCUGUCGCGCAAGUGUUCACCGGGUUUGAAGGGCGUUUGGUAAGUUUGAAGGAUACAAUUCGUUCUUUCAAAGAGAUAUUGGAUGGAAAGUGCGAUGAUUUGCCAGAAGCCGCUUUCUAUAUGGUUGGUGAUGUCGAUGAUGUUAAGAAGAAGGCCGAAGAUAUCGCCAAAGAAAUGAGUUCAACUUAA